GUGAAAGGGAGCACACUGCCUCCGUCCCACCUCCGGCAUCUCUUGUCCCGUCUGUGAAGCCGCAGCACCACCUCCUCCCUGCUCUCCUCAUGUUGCUCUGCUCCUCCUCCUCACUGUGAUCCACCCAGCUUCACAUCGGCUGCGGCGUUUCAGAAGAACAUGCACAAAAAACAGCUGCAUAAAAGUUAAUUUCAUGGAAAGACAGGCUACAAAAUCAGGACCAUGGGGUAUGGCCAAAUCCUCCACCAGCGUGGGAAAGAGGAGGACCAGGUCAACCUCAACGUGGGAGGCGUGCAGCACAAAGUGGACCCGGACACGCUGCUCCGCUUCCCCCAGACCCGACUGGGACGCCUGCUGCACUGCCAGAGCGAGGCAGCCAUCCUGGAGCUGUGCGACGACUACAGCCCGGCCGAGAGAGAGUUCUACUUCGACAGGAAUCCCCGGGUUUUCCUCUGCGUGCUCAACUUCUACCGCACGGGGCGCAUCCACAUGAUGGAGGAGCUAUGCAUCUUCUCCUUCAGCCAGGAGAUUGAGUACUGGGGCAUCCACGAGCUGCACCUCAGCCCCUGCUGCCACAACUUCUACCACGAGAGGAAGGAGUACAUCGAGGACCGGGACUGGGACCUACGGAGCGACGACCAGCAGGAGCCGAGCUUCAACUCCUCCUUCGAGGAGCUCUCUGCUCUCGAUAAAGACCUUGCUAAGUUCAAAGGUGCAUGGUGUGCAGAGCUAAGGAGCUACAUUUGGCUGAGGCUGGAGGACCCAGGCCACUCCACAGCCUCCAAGGUUAUUGCGGUGGCCUCCCUUAGCGUGGUGUUGACCUCCAUUGUUGCCAUGUGCAUCCACAGCAUGCCCGAGUUUCAGCGUGUGGACGACAACGAGAAGCCCAUCGAGGACCCCGUCCUCACCAUCCUGGAGGAGAUAUGCAUCGCCUGCUUCUCUGCAGAGUUUGUCAUCAGGCUUAUUGUCGCACCAUCCAGGAGGAAGUUCCUUGGGAACCCCUUGAACAUCAUAGACGUUGCUUCCAUUUUGCCGUUUUACGCCACGCUAGCCCUGGAGACCACCGACGAAGACAGCAUGGAGGAAAACGAGGACUUGGAGAACGUGGGGAGGGUGGUGCAGGUGCUGCGUCUCAUGAGGGUUCUCAGAAUCCUCAAGCUGGCGCGACACUCCAUCGGACUGCGAGCUCUGGGUGCCACGGUCCGCCACAGCUACCAAGAGGUGGGUCUCCUUAUACUCUUCCUCUCGGUUGGGAUCUCCAUCUUUUCCGCUCUAAUCUACUUUGCAGAGAAGGAAGAGAAGGACACAGAUCUGGGAACCAUCCCAUCGGGUUGGUGGUGGGCGAUGAUAACGAUGACCACGGUUGGCUACGGCGAUACGUGUCCAGUGACGCUGGCGGGGAAGUUAGCGGCCACCUUAUGCAUCAUCUGUGGCCUGCUGGUGGUGGCUCUGCCCAUCACCAUAAUCUUCAACAAGUUCUCAAAAUACUACCAAAGAAACAAAGCCAUGGAGGGACGGGGUAUCACCAAACCCGAACGUCAAGACCCAGAACUUCCAUAUUAUAACAUCAAGGAGCUGUUCACGGGCAGCGUGUAUCCCUUUAUAGGGAGCAUCGCCUUCCGGAACAGCGUGAGCAGCAGAGGAGACGACACGGACGCCUCCAGCCUCCAGGACAUUGAGGUGUGCGAUAAUGAUGACACUUGUGAAAAGGGGGAAGCAAAAUGAGAUUCCUGCCAUUUCACCAUAUCACUCUCUUUAUGACAGCAAGUCACUUGGUGCCUCCGAGGGCAGAGCGUUCCACCUCUCCCCUUCCCACACCGUCUUCCUCCUGCAGUCUGACAGAGAAAAACGUUGGCCGUGAUUCUUUUCCCUGUGUGUGUUUUUUUUAAUCUGCUUGUGCAACGUCACUAAAGCCAAGAACUCCAAAGGGAAUUAUCUGAAGCCCACUCAGAGGUUUGAAAGCCCAUUUUCUGCUUGAGAAAACUGCAAUGAUGCAUGUAGGAGGCCAAAAUGUUAAUGUUUUUCAAAGUAAUGUCCUUUAUUGAUUCGUCUGCUCGCUGGGAGUUCAGACGGAGAGUUUGCCCCGUGCAAGAGGCUAGGAUGUCUAAAAAUUACCUUGUAGUGUCGAACCACAGCUCUGCAGCCAGCAUGACUAAGUGUGAAUGCACUUUUGAGCUCAAGUGAUGAAAACAAUUGCAUAAAAUGAUUGUUUUUGCAGAAACAAGGCUGCACUAGAGCACGUUCAGGCUUGGGUUGAAGAGCUGCCUUGGCAUGCAAAUGGGUAAAUCUUGUGAACAUGAAAUAAACCUCAGAAGAAAAAGCUUU